UUUAAAAGUUUUAUAAAAGAUAACAGGGAUGAGUCGGGUCUUCAGUCGGCUUCAGAUAACGUCUACCCAAUAGUCGAAGGUCGCGACUCAGAAGAUUGGAUUCUUGUAGAUUGUGGUGAUGUAGUCUUGCAUCUCUUCAUGCCUGAAGCUAGGUCAAUGUAUGAUCUAGAGUCUUUAUGGGGAAAUAUCCCGGAGAAUGUGACAGCAGUGCAGACCAUGGCAGGCAAUGUUAGAAAGGGUUUGGAUGAAUAUGAUCCAAAAUUUAAGAAACGCCCACCGCUUCCUAUAUAA